UUUACUGUUUCAUAAUUUUCAAUACCGUACCUGCUGAUUCCCUGCAUAUAAUAGGUUUAGCUAAAAAAAAUGAAUAAAGUCUAAUAAAUAUGAUAGUAAAACAUAUUUGCAAAUUGACCCAAGUCGUCGGUAGGCUCCGGCUUGUCCCAAAUCCCAGGGAAUACUGUCAUUUGGCACCGUUGAAGAGGACUAGUUAUUGGCCAAAAUUGGGAUUACGAUCGUUGUGCUUCAAUGCAGCUGAUCACAAUGUGGCUUGGACAGCUCCGCCCGCUCCAAGCUCUUCCAGCAGAAUGUUUUGGGCAUUUUCCUCUGCCUUUAUGCUAAAUUUGUUUGGAGGCAGUGACGAAAAAGAGGAGACACCAGAGGACAAGCUGGUCAAGACCAUAAAAAGGUCGAUCCUCUGCAUCCAGCGGGAACAGUAUGACAAGGCCGAACAGAUGCUUCAUCUGGCACUUCGAAUGGCCCAGGAUAUUCAGAGCAAGGACGGCAUUACGUAUGUUUUCGAUCUAAUGGCUAACCUGGCCAUGGAACGCGAACAGUUUAAGAAGGCAGAAAAGAUCUUUACAGACGUAAUGAAACGUCUCUUUGCCGAUGGCCACACUGAAGAAAGUCCCAAGAUACUGCACAUUAGCUCCAAGAUCGCGCACAUGUCUCAGCUACAGGGCGAUCUGGAGAAGAGCUUUCAAGGCUUUACCUGGACUCUGCAGCAGUUGGCCAAACUCCUAGAGAAAAUGCCAGAAGACAAGGACAUCCUCGAGCUGUAUGGCUUGACAAAGAAUUGGUUUGGGCAGCUGCUGAUGAAGCAGGGCAAAUACCUGGAGGCGAAGAAUCUCUUUAAGGAGGCGUUCGAUACGCUUAUCGAUGUUUAUGGCGCUGUUAAUGAUGCCUCGGUAACCAUUUUGAACAAUAUUAGCGUGGCUUAUGUGAACCUGGAAAAGUACACAGAGGCAAGGGAAACCCUUUUGCAGGCGAUGGAAUUGACAAAGGAGCUGAAGGAUGCGACACAGGAGGGUAUUUUACAGGCAAACCUCGGGCUCGUGUAUCUUCGCGAAGGUUUAAUGAAGCAGGCGGAGAACGCCUGCCGGCUGGCAUGGAAGUUGGGCAAGCAAUACCAGAAUCCGGAUGCCAUAGAGCAGGCCGAGUAUUGCCUUAACGAGAUAAAAACCACCUUAAAUGGGGCGAAGCGUCAGUGAUGUUUCUUUUUAUAGUGUAUUUUUGACUAUUUAUAAAAAUAUAAUUUCGAAGUAUAGCGCAAA